AUGGACGUAGGAUUUAACAAGCACCCCGCAUCACCCCGCAACGUCUCUUUCAGCCGUGACCCACCUGGGAGGGCUCGAGCGCAGCGCAAAAAGUUAAGCUUUAAAUCAGUAGUACAAGAUGAAUCGGGCUCUACUCUGGGAACCGCAGACAUCAUGUUGAUUGUACGCUGCUUCCUGCUUGCAAUCGCACUAGCGUGCCCCUUGGCAUCUGCUGUUCCAACUGCAUCCGUCUUGGCCGAGAAUCAAAUCUUGAAGAUGCUUAAGGACCUUGGCCAAGAUGUUCAGCGAUACUCUGCAGUUAUUAAGACGAACGCUGUGGCACAGAAUGCGCUGUCACCCGAGGACGGAAAUAGUGACUCGAUAAAUGCAACGCGCGAUGCGCUCAACGGCAUCAUAGCUUCGAUCCUUGAAACCACCAAGUCUCUCGAGUCGACUGUUGCCGAAAACGGCAGUACUUUCCUGAAGUCGCCCACUACAGCAUUUGACGUCGGUGUAGCUCUUCGCAACAUGGUUGUCGAGCUUGGCUCGAUGUCUACCACGGUAUCUGGCAUCUCUACUGCCCCUGGAUCCUUCGAAGAUAUACUUCAUGUCGUAUUUAGCGCUUUGCUUGCAUUGGUGAACGUUGUCGGUGGAUUAUUAGUUGGAAUCCCAGGCAUCGAACCAUUACUGAGAGCUAUUGCAGCACUUGUCAGUCUUUUUCCCUAG